UGAUUCAAUUUAUCAAUGUCUCUGUUCCCAACAUUUAUUGCAAAAGCCAGCCUAAAACUCGCUGAUGAUCGUCCUUGCAAGCCCACAACAUUAUUAUAUCACUUUCGAAUUCCCCUAGAUGAUAAUAAAUACCAAAUUCUAGCAUUUAUAGUCACCCCCUCUUUCUAUAUCUCUUGUCUCUACAUUAUCUUGCUCUAAAAAAGUUGGUUUUAAGGGGUUUCUUUAGAGCUUAGCGUUUGGACUGUUGGUGUUUUUGGUGUUGUUGUCCAAGCUUAAGGCCUUAAAAGGGUUUCUUCUGUGUGUCCUUUCGUGUUGGUGUUCGGUAAUGGGGUUGGCUUACAGAAGUGCAGAACUCUAAAGGGUUUUCUUGGAUCUUCUAGUUGUAGUGUUUUAUGGCAUUCUUAUACGUUGUGGGCUUUAUCUGAGGUGGCGUUGUCGGGAACUUUGGAGCUUUAAAGUGUUUUCUUUUGACUCCUAGUGUUGGUAUUUUGUGGUGGUGGUGAAAAAUAGGAGUGAAAUAUGGGGAGAGCACCCUGCUGUGACAAAAGGGGUUUGAAGAAGGGGCCAUGGACUCCCGAGGAGGAUGAGAUUCUUGUUGAAUAUAUCAAGAAGAAUGGUGGACAUGGAAGCUGGAGAUCUCUCCCUAAGCUUGCAGGUCUUCUUCGCUGCGGGAAGAGUUGCCGGCUUAGGUGGACAAAUUAUCUUCGACCAGACAUCAAACGUGGCCCUUUCACCCAGGAGGAAGAGAAGCUUGUUGUGCAGCUUCAUGGCAUUCUCGGAAACCGGUGGGCUUCUAUUGCCGCUCAAUUACCAGGGAGAACUGAUAAUGAGAUAAAAAAUUUAUGGAACACCCACCUGAAGAAGCGCCUCGUUUGCAUGGGCCUUGAUCCACAAACACAUGAGCCCUUUAACUCCUGCAGUUCAACUAUAAAAGCACCUGCAUCCCCUACCACUCGCCACAUGGCACAAUGGGAGAGUGCUAGGCUUGAAGCUGAGGCUCGGCUUUCAAGGGAGUCAUCACUCUUCCAUCCAAAUCCUGUUGGUGGAACUGAUUCUGACUAUUUUCUUCGCAUAUGGAACUCAGAAGUUGGAGAAUCAUUUCGAAAGUUUAGUAUGGGGGACAAAACUCUCUGCCAGAGCCCUGUUUCUCAGGCAUCUUCAUCUACCAAAUGUGGAUCAAUGUCAGCCAUCACCACUGAGAUGUGCCCCAUUUUAGGGGGAUCCUCAAUUGCAGGAAGCAAUCAAAAUGAAGAUACUGAGUGCAAGAGUUGCAAGUCCUACACUGAAGAGAUGAUGGCUGCGUCUGAUUGCUCAAGCUCCAAUGAGUUGGAGGAUUCAUCCGAAAAUGCAUUACAGCUGCUGUUGGAUUUCCCCAUUAACAAUGACAUGAGCUUUUUGGAGGAAGACAUAGAUAUGUAUGCCUUGCCUCCUGCCAUGCUGACAGAAAGCUCCUUCAUCUGCCACCUCUGAAGCAUGCCUUCAAGCUUGGUAUUUGAAACCUCUAUGGCUGUGCUGUUUCUUCCUGUGUUUAAGCUGUGAAGGAAUAGAGAGUAAAGGAUGAAAAGUUAAGUUGAAGUAUACUUGGUUGGUUUUUUGGCCGAGUGCAGUUAGAAAUGGUGCUUCACCAUUUACUAGUGCUAGAUAGCUCAUUAGAUCUUUCUUGUACUUAUGUAGAAAAGGCCAUUUAAUAUGUUGUGGGGCCAUUUAAUAUCAACUAUUUUUUUGUGAUGAUUU